AUGCAGCCCUACACUAAUCAAAGACCGGUCAAUUGUGACAUCGACUUCGACGCAAGCAAUAUCAAGGGCAAGACCGCUGUUGUUACAGGCGGGGCGAAUGGGAUAGGCGAGGCCUAUGUUCGUGCCUUGGUGAACGCCGGGUAUGCCUCUGUAGUUAUCGCAGAUCUGGAUGAGGAGGAGGGACGCAAACUCGAGCAGGAACUGGGAGGUUCGGUCAAAUUCGUCAAAUGCAAUGUGACCGUUUGGAGUGACCAACUUGCUGUAUUCAAGAAAAGCCUGUCACUGUCUCCUUCCGGAAGAAUCGAUAUAGUCAUUGCCAACGCUGGAAUCGCCGGCGGUGAUUCCGUCUACUUCACGGAUGUGGAAGCCGAAGAACCCGAAGAGCCCCGGCUGAACGUGCUCGGGGUAAACCUGACCGCGGUUAUGUACACCAUCAAGCUCGCACUCCAUUACUUUCGACGGCAGAAUGCCAUGAAUCGAGGUGAACCUCUAGACCAGGUUCUCGUCCUGCAGGGCAGCCUUGCAGGCUACGUGGGUCUACCGGGAGCCCCCCAGUACCAGGCCUCGAAAUAUGGGCUCCGUGGUGUGUUCAAGUCGUUGCGUUUGACCGAAUGGCAGCACAGCAUUCGAGUCGGUUACAUCGCCCCAUGGUUCAUCGAGACCAAAAUAAUGAGCGAGGCCGUACUUGACCACCUGAAGAACGCAAACACCCAGUUUGCCACGGUAGACGACGCCGCAUCUGCCCUGUUGAGAAUUGUGGCGGACAAAAGUAUCCACGGACGUUCACUGGCCAUCCUGCCUCGAAGUCUCGCGCCUCGAGGCUAUGUGGAUCUAUGUGACGACGAUCAGGAAGGUACUCUGCUGUACAGAUUGCAAGAAGCUGCCAGCAAGGGCACCCAUCGAUCCAGCCUGAGCGCGGAGAGUCAGAAGACCAGCACGCAGUGGUAG